AUGGCCCGGUACUAUCCGAAUCUUCAGCUUCUACUUCGUGUAACCGCCCGGAUGCUCCGUUUUGGACACCCUGAGUACCGUAGUUCGCUUCGUCUCGCUUCAGAUGAGAUAGAUUUCGCUUUGGAAAAGUACCUUCAACACGUACAGCAGCAACAUUUUUCAGGAGAACUCAACCGACUGCGAAGUGGCCUCAACGUUGAGCGUGGUAGCUCAUUAUAUCAGCUUGAUCCAUUCCUAGAUAAAAACGGUAUCGUCAGGGUGGGCGGCAGGUUGCAACAAUCGGAUUUGAGCUACGACAAUAAGUAUCCGAUCUUGCUACCCCGGCACUCGAUAUUGACUUCACUCAUUUUGCUUCACGAGCACAAGAAGAAAUUGCAUUGUGGCCCUCAGUCGCUGUUAGCAGCUACACGUUUACGGUUCUGGAUCUUACGCGGCAUUAGUGCCGCUCGCAAGGUGUAUCGUGAUUGUUUAACCUGCAAUCGAUCUCGACCAGCACGCAUAGCUCAACAAUUUGGACAAUUACCCGCUGAUCGGUUAAAGCCACUUCCCCCAUUUUCCAUUACGGAAGUCGACUACGCUGGUCCUGUAGGAAUUAUCGGACGAAGAACACGGGGUGCAGUGUCCUCGAAAGGUUACAUCGCUUUGUUCGUUUGUUUGGGGACACGCGCAGUGCAUUUGGAGGCUGUCUCGGAUCUAAGUGUAUCAUCAUUUAUUGCUGCAUUUACGCGUUUCACUAGUCGGUACGGAGUGCCCAGUAAGAUGUACUUGGACAAUGCCACGAACCUUAGAGCAGGAGCGAGACUUCUUAGAGAGCUGUACCAUCAAAUAGAUGCAACCGAACACAGUGAUGAAGUGAACGAUUUUUUGGUCAACAAGCGAGUGCAAUGGCUUUUUAUACCCGCUCGUUCGCCUCAUCAUGGUGGCCUUUGGGAGGCUGGAAUCAAGGUGGCAAAAGGAUUUCUCAGCAAAAUUGGAGGUAAUUAUACUUACACCUUUGAGGAAUUGAGUACUCUUCUGUCUCAGAUAGCGGCCUGCAUGAACUCUCGUCCGAUCUGUGCUAUUUUCGAUGAUCCCACGGAUCCUCAACCGCUUACGCCUGCGCAUUUUCUAAUCGGGCGCCCGCUUGAUGCUUCACCCGAAGUUAAUCAUCUUGAACAGCAGAUAAGUUCACUAUUCAGAUGGAACUACGUUCAACGUGUCGCCCAGGACUUUCGAGCUCGGUGGCAGUCCGAGUACGUGCUCUCUCUUCAACGCCUGACGAAGUGGCAAACAUCGUCCCCUAACAUCGCAGAAGGAGCUUUUGUGCUUCUUGUUGAAGAUAACGAAAAAUCGCAGCAAUGGCCAUUGGGUCGUGUUCUGGAGCUUUUCCCUGGGACCGAUGGCCGUGUCCGAGUUGUCUCGGUCAAAACUGGCAAGGGUGUUUUCCGCAGAGACGUCAGGAAGCUGCGACGUUUUCCUCUUGAUAACGACGAAUAUGUGCCAGGAAGAAAUGGGUCUGAAAUUACUGCUCGUAAUUUGGUGGGCGGUUUAUGUUAG